ACUGACUGUGUUGAUUUAUUUAAUAGAACAUCAGAGUCAUGGCAAGGUACUACACUAGAAUAACACUGAGAAGAAUGAGUCAGCUCUUGGACCUAACUGUAGAUGAGACAGAAUUGUUCCUCUCUGAGCUAGUGGUGUCCAAAACAGUGUUUGCAAGAAUUGACCGUCCCGCAGGCAUUGUUACCUUCAGUGCACACAAAGAAUCUAAUGAGAUUCUCAAAGAGUGGUCACAAAACCUUAACACUCUAAUGCAACUUCUAAAUCGUACAACACAUCUCAUCACCAAAGAGGAAAUGGUUCAUAAACUUGUACAAAUGUAACUUAUCUUGCAUUGCUCUGAAGCUCGUACCAGUACUGGAAUGACAUGACAGGGCCUUGCAGCUGGGUCAAGCUAGGCUUGAUUAAAAAAUGUCCAAUAUGGAAUGUAAUUUAACGAAUACCACAAGUGGAUUGAGUGAGAUG